CCCCUAAUCGUACAUUCAUCCCACUCCACAACAACAUACAAAGAGUUAUAUAACCAAAUUCCCAUUUCAAACUAAACCAAAAAUGUCUCUUGUGACUGACGAAAUCAGAGCAUCUGCAUCAGACAUCUGCCAUGGUGAUGCAAUUUGUCAAGAAAAAUCAAAGGCUUUGCUCACAGAAAUGGGGCUACCUAAUGGCCUCUUGCCUUUGGAAGACAUUGAGGAGUGUGGGCAUGUCAAAGAGACCGGCUUUGUGUGGCUCAAACAAAAGGCAGAAAAGAAACACAAGUUUGAAAAAAUCGAUAGGCUUGCAACAUAUGGAACUGAGGUUACUGCAACCAUGGAGAAGAUGAAGAUCAAGAAUCUGAAGGGUGUGAAGACUAAGGAACUUUUGUUGUGGCUCACACUGGAUGAAAUAUCUGUUGAUGAAUCCAACACUGAAAAGAUCACUUUCAAGGCAACUUCUGGCCUUUACAGAACUUUUCCAGUUUCUGCUUUUCAGGUUGAGGAUGUGAAGAAAGAUGUUGAAGAUGUGGCUGUGGCUAAGGAUGCCAAAGUUGUUGAAGUUGAAGUGGCAAAGGAGGCCCAAGUCCAGGAGGUUUGAGUAAGUGUUUUACACCAUGCCAUGCAGUAUACCUUAUGUAGAUGGCAAUGAAAUUACCUUUGUUGAUGAAUUUCAGGAUACAUAUGUAUCAUUAUCUUAUCAAUAAUUUAUGAUCUAAAUGUAUCAUAACGUUUAUCUCAAUAUGAUCAUGUAUUUUUAUUGUUUGGUUUC